UUGUGUAUGGAAACAUGGUCGACAGUGUAAUGGCUCAAUUUGGCUUCCAGAAUGCUGAUACUGAGGAGCUUUUCCGUAAAGGUCUGCAAGUAAUGUACAAAGAAUGGGACGGAGCUCGACUGACCACUGCGUUGACGCAAUAUGGCAGCUAUCUCGCAUACGAAGAGAAGCUAUCCGAUGAGGAUGCUGCCGCGCUCCGACGACUUUUCAGCACAGGGCCACCGGUGAGGAGUCUUUAUAUAACAAAAAUCUCGCACGGCGCCUUCAGGAUUGCUUUCGGCGGCCUGGGGGAAUGCCCAUCGCUGAGAGAAAUUAUUUUUCGUCGCGUUGAUUGCGAAGGUCGGGAUUUGGGCAUCGAUCGGUGCGAAGUAUUUCGACACGUGCGCUCGCUGGACUUGUCCUGCGUCAACGUGGGGAGCGGAUUCGCGAAAGAGGUUGCCAGCUACAUUCGACAGAACAAGUCCCUGGAGGAACUGUGGCUCCACCUUUCCUGUGGCGGUGACGAAGGUGUCGCGGCUAUUAUCGAAGCCCUGAAGGUAAACGACACUCUCAAGGAGCUCGCCCUGUUCAACAUGGGGUCGCUUACCCAGGACCUGUUCAGAAAUGACGCGCCGCAAUUAUCUUCGGGCGCCUUAAUCGGCUUCGCGGAGAUGCUGGCGUCCAACUCGUCGCUGGAGCUGGUGGACGUCAGAGACGCCUUUCCCGUCGAAAAGGACAUAGUGUCCUCGUUGUUGGCCGAGGAACGUCACGCCGGUGUCUUCAAGAGGAUUCGUAUCGAGUGGCCCGAGCAGCUGCUCCCUGAACUAACCGAGCUUAUCCGCAAGAAAGCAUGCUAUCCCAAGUUGCACGUCAGCGUCAGCUUCUUCGUCGACAGAGGCACCCUUCGGGAGUUCCUCGACGCCGUGGCCGCCCACAAGACGCUCCUUGAGCUCCACUUUUUCCCCCUCGAGGAGACUUUCCUACAGUUCAAGCACAAGCUCAACGCACUAGCGGAAUGCAUCACUUCGGUAUUGAAGCACACGACAACACUCCGCGAAAUCUACAACUGCAUGCCCGCGGAUCGGUCCCAUAUUGUCAGCAUUCUCGAUGCUCUGAAGCAGAACCGCUCCGUUGCGAGGGUCACAAUGGACGCUGAAAUGCUGACCGGUGAAGUGGCGAAGUCGCUUGCCGAGUUGCUGGCUGUGAACAAAACGCUCGUUUACGUGUGCAUCCUAUAUUCCGCCGGUGGUUUGCCUCGCCAGGUGAGGGACAUCCUGCGGGCUUUGAAAACGAACUACACUUUGAUCACUCUCGAUUUUGGAUUCCACGCCGACCGCCACCCCCAGAUGCGCGAAGUGAAAGCGCUUUUGGAGAGGAACGUUCGUCUCAAGGACAGGGCUGCGGAGUUUGUUGCUUCGGGCGCUGACGUCAGCGACGAGGAAGGCGUGGACGCUCUGAAGAAAGUGCAGGCAAGCGCUGCCCUUGUGGAGAGGGUGCAGGAGCUUAUCGGCAAGACACCAGAGGAGGUGUUGCAAGAAAUACAGUCGGCCUUAGCUCGCUUGCCUGUGUGAACGUC